UCCUGCUAAGCAAAAUUAUCUCCUUUUGUAUCCUAACUGACACUGAACUGUCUGGCGCGUGAGCUGUUUCUGUUAUAUAACCGUUGUGACCGGCAAAGGUUUUCACCGGAGAAAUGCCUGAUGUGUUUGACUGAUGAGCAAGCUCAAACCUUCAAUCAUCAAUGGCCUCAACCUAGCAACCUCGCCACCCUCCACCGCCACACUCAACGCCGCCGCCAACCGCCUCUCACCCCAAUCCACUCCCCUCCAACUCCUCCUUGCUUGCCCCUCCACCCUCAGAGCCCACCAAAACUCGCCCGACCCCCGCGCAUUUCCAAGCCUCCUCAAGGCCUGCGCCUCCCUAGCGCUGUACCCGCUUGGCCUCUCGCUCCACCAACACAUCGUCGUUGGUGGGUUUGCUUCCGAUGCUUACGUCGCAUCGUCCUUGAUCAGCUUCUAUGCGAAGUUCGGGUCCGUUGACAAUGCCCAGAAAGUGUUCGACAGAAUGCCCGACAGAAACGUUGUACCCUGGAGUUCGAUCAUUGGAUGCUAUUCUCGCUCAGGAUAUGUGGAUAACUCGUUUGCACUGCUCCGUGGCAUGCGCCGCGAAGGAGUGGCUCCGACUUCGGUUACAUUAAUAGAGAUGCUGUCUGGAGAUCUGUCAGAGCUCGCCCAAGUGAAGUGUUUGCACUGUCUUGCUGUCUUAUAUGGCUUUCAGAGUGAUCUGAUUUUGCUCAACUCUUUGCUAAAUGCAUACAGUAAAUGCAGAAGUGUUCACUGUGCGGAGGAUCUUUUUGAGCUGAUGGGUCAAAAAGACAUUAUUUCAUGGAAUACGAUGAUUUCCGCCUAUGUGCUGGUAGGAUAUGUGGAGAAAGCAGUUCAGCUCUUGUAUAAGAUGAGGGUUGAGGGGAGGCAGCCCGACCAGCAGACAUUUGGAUCUUUGGUCUCGGCAACAGCAACAAUAAGUAACCUUAAGUUAGGACAGUCCCUGCAUGGACAUAUUCUAAGACUCGGGCUUGCAUUUGACGUCCAUCUCGAAACCUCGCUAAUAACUAUGUACCUCAAGAGUGGAAGCAGCGAAAUUGCCUUGCGGUUAUUUGACAUAGCCCAGGACAGGGAUGUGAUCCAGUGGACAGCAUUGAUUUCGGGUCUUGUCCAAAACGAUUGUGCCAAAAAGGCAACAGAUGUAUUCCGUUUAAUGUUAGAAUCGGGAGAGUCUCCCUCUAGUGCUACCUUAGCUACUCUCCUGGCUGCUAGUGCCCAAUUGGAUUCCUAUAAUUAUGGAACCUCAAUACACGGCUACAUAUUAAGGCGAAACAUUUCCGUUGACCUUGCAGUCAAGAACUCUCUGAUUACCAUGUAUGCAAAAUGUAAUGGCAUAGAGAAAAGUCGUGCAGUUUUUGAUCAGAUGGAGAACAAAGAUCUGGUUUCUUGGAAUGCGAUAAUAGCUGGGUAUGCUCAGAAUGGGCACAUUUGCCAGUCUUUCUCAUUAUUCAAUGCAAUGAGGGAAGUAAAUAAGAAACCUGAUUCCAUAACAGUCAUCUCCCUCCUCCAAGUUUGUGCCUCAACAUGCGGGCUCCAGCAAGGGAAGUGGGUCCACAGUUAUGUCAUACGAGGAUGCCUUGGACCAUGUGUUAAGGUAGAGACUGCUUUGGUUGACAUGUACUCCAAAUGUGGUAGCAUGGACUAUGCUCAAAACUGUUUCGAUAGGAUGUUGGAGAAAGAUUUGAUUUCUUGGGCUGCAUUGAUCGCAGGCUAUGGCUGCCACGGAAAGGGGGAGGUUGCAUUGAGAGUGUACUCGGAGUUCCUUCGAAGAGGUUCCCUACCAAACGAUAUCCUGUUCCUUUCAGUUCUUUCCUCUUGUAGUCAUUCUGGGCUCGUCAAUCAAGGGCUAGAAUUGUAUCAUUCAAUGACUGAAGAUUUCGGAAUUGAGCCGAGACUCGAGCAUAGUGGUUGCAUUGUGGAUCUCUUAUGCCGAGCUAGGAGGGUACAGGAGGCCUAUGAGUUCUAUAGAAGGGCAUUUUUAGGACCAGAUUUUAAUGUGUUGGGGAUCCUUCUUGAUGCUUGUCGGGCAAAUGGACUUGAGGAACUUGCUGAUGUCAUUGCUCAAGAAAUGUAUCUGUUGAUGCCUGAGAAUGCUGGGUCCUACGUGCAAUUGGUGCACAGCUAUGCUUCAAUGAGCAGGUGGGAUAGUGUAAAUGAGGUGUGGACCAAAAUGCGGACCCUUGGGCUUAGAAAGCCACCAGCUUGGAGCUUUAUUGAACUUUGUGGGAGCAUCACAACAUUUUUUGCAGGUCAUAGUUCUCAUCCCCAGUUCGAAGAAAUUAAAUCAGUGUUGAGAAGUUUGAGCUGGGAAAUGGAGAAAAUGGACAUCAACCUAAAACUGGAGAAAGACUCUUGACCUGUCUUUGAGAUCCCUGCAUAAAAUCAUGAGAUACCUAUUGAGCCUAAUAAUGAUGCCCCACAAAGCAGUGGAUUUCUGCCAUGUUUGGCAUCAAGGAAUCAGAAUAUUGGACUUGCCAUAUAAAAGUCGAUCAUUUAUGGGUGAUAUGACUCAUUCCCUUAUACCAUACUUCAAAUGUCAGAUUCCCCAUGAGCAUGUACUCGGUGAUAUAUCUGUGGGAUUGAAAUUUGCCGCCUGCCGUUAGAUUGCUCAGUGAGUUACGGUCGGUUGAUGGUGAUCCGAAGGAGCGUAUAUUUCGGUGCUCAACAGAUAAUUUGGGAAAGGAUUACCGACACUGCACCUGCCUGGGAAACUUCAGUAUUGUAUAUCUUGUAAUUAUUGACACUUGGAUCAGUCGGCAAGAACACGUGGUUGUUGCCCUUGACACAUGUGGAGAAGGAAGAUAAUGGGAGAGCUCUCUUACAUGCUAACAGCUUCAUAUUCAUUUGUGCGGAUCCUUCACUGGUUCCUGCAAGUUAAGUCCUUCGUUAAGAGUUUCGGAAGUGACAUAAGAUGCUACGGUGCUAGAAGGUAGUAAGGUACUAAGUGCUGGUAAAAUGUAAUUUAGACUCGAGUGAAUUUAGAAGGUACUAAAUGCAGGUAAACAUUCGACUUCAAACAAUUUAGCUUGAUCUUUGCAUUUUGCUGAUGUUGCAGUUACGCCAAAAAUUUUGCAUGCAAAUCAUAUGGCAAAACGUAAUAAGAUCAUCAUUUUCACAAUGAAUGUUGGUUUUGUAUCAUUUGUUCGGUUUUUGUUCUUCCUUGAAUUGUUAUUGUCCUUAUUGUUGCCUGCUAAUACGAAAUCUCUUUGCUAGUUUGCAAAGUACCCUUGCUGUGGCACCGAAUAAAUCAUGUAAAAUUAUUUACUGGUAGCAUCAAUGUCAUGUUAACUCA